AUGCCUUUGCUUUCAGGUUCUACACCUCGCCACCCCACCCAUAUCACCCUUCCCCCACCAUUUUUAACCUCUGUAUCCAUAACACCGUCGCCCUCCCCCAGACUCGAGAACCCGCUCUCUAGUCCGCUCAUUUCCCCCGCUCUGACCUUUUAUACGGCUCCAUCGUCCCCGAUUAUUACUCCGCUUGUUGAUGAACCCAUGGAAAUAAUUCCUGUGUUGGUAUGCGACCCUCCACCUCAGAACCAACCACUGCCGCCCGUACCUCAUACAGAUGACACAUUCCCUGAGGUUUCUGGCCUUGAUUUGACGUUAGACGAUGAAGGCCUCGAAGGCCUAAAUCCCCUCGAGAAGAUAUAUCUAUAUUCCAUCAGCAAGGCGACAUACCAUCGGGUCUUUAUUUCGUGUGAUCUGCCCAAUCUCCUCGAUCAAAUUACUCCCCAGGAAGCAGUGGAAUAUGUUCUUCCUUUGCUGCAAGUUUUAUCGAAAGACCAGGAUGAAUCUGUUAGAGAGGCCUUAACAUCGGGACUUGCCUCGGUCAUCUGGUGGUUUUUGACACACUGUCAGGUCGUCGCCACAGCAGACAAUCAGAUCAACUCAUAUUCGAACCAGUCGACGUCCAUAUCAGUUCAUGCAUUCACACCAAUUCUCGGCAGACUUUUACUAAGUCCGAAUGGUUUAGUAGGCAGCUCCGCCAAAUAUGUGGUUGUAAACCUUCUUCAGCGCAUGCGGGAGGCUGAUAGUCCUGAAGAUCAAUUAGAUAAUUGGGUCGCGGGGUUGUCUUUCGUUUCGAAUGCCUCACUCAAUGAAGAUCUAACCAUAGGGCUUUUUGGAAGGAGCGAACGGGUCCUAUUUGAACAGGAAAUUCUAUGGGGCUUGGUUGCUGGGCUAGAUCGGCUCUUCUUGGACGGCGACUUGGACUCGUUGGAGGAUCGUGGCCACACUCCCUGCAGUGAGGACUCCGCUAACUUUUCUGACACCAUCACAGCCUCUGAGGAGCUUCAAAAGGAGGAAGUUGCUUCGUCUUCGUCCGCUGAAGAUUUUCGGCGGAAAGAGAACAUAAAUCCGUAUUUUCCUGUCGAGCCUUCGGCAUAUUCGAAUGGCUCUUUUGGCACCGUAAACAACAACGUGGACUCUCCCUUGAGCGUCUCAAGCAGUUAUUCCUCCGUUUCGCGGGGACCGACUAUCAACGAUGGCGAUCGUGAGGAUUACAACAAAGAGAGUCAAGAAGAACAGAGUGCUGUGAAGCGACUGACCAGUAUGAGCUUAAUGGCCACCGUUACCUCCACCGGUUAUCUUGACGAACAAGCACAAAACACAUUUGUCAAAGAGGUUGAACGCGUCGUGAUGGAUCCAAUCUAUUGGGUUCGUCGGGAAUCGAGCUUUGUGCUGGGUGCUUUGGCGAAAGUUGUGCCAGAUGAAAUAGUUCACACGUCGCUGCUUCCGCUUCUGGAACGUCUGCUCGUCGACCCGGCUCCCCUUGUUCGCCACUCUUCGCUUUUCGCUCUCCCCGUCAUAUUGACGCGGCUGCCGAUAAAGUACAGAAGAGUGUUAGCUGUGCACACCAUGCAGUCCAUGAGCGUCGACGAAUCUCCUGAUGUGCGAUCAGGGGUCCUAGAAGCUCUAGGUGAAGUAAUUCAUACUUUUCACGAUGAAUACAGGAAACCUGGUGACGACACAGAAGGGCCUCCAGCUGAGCUCAUUAGGAUGUUUAUUGGACGUAGUGACGAUAAGAAAGUCUGGGAUGGUCAACAACCUGCUCUAGCCCAACCAUUUGACCGGGAUAAAAUGAAAUGGUUGGACUCGUUCUAUAACGAUCCUAGUAGGCCUUUGAUAUGUGCCUUCAACCUACCUGCUGUGUGCAUGACUUUGGGUCUUUCUCGCUGGGAGACUCUUCGGGAAACUUACCUGAAGCUGUCGGACAAUCCUGCGUUUGGCAUUCGACGAACACUGGCUGCAUCUGUGGGCGACCUGGCCAAGGUUUUAGGUCCGGAGAUCGCCCAGCGGGACUUAAUGCCCGUCUGGUGGGAUGGAUUGCGCAGCCAGGAGGCAGAGAUAAGGCUGAAAAUUGUACAAUGCCUUGAGACUUUCGUCCGAUCGUUAAAUAUGACGGGGAAAAUGGAAGUUUUGGAGGGGGUAUUGGAAGCGUGGAAGGUAAACAGGUGGAGCGGUUGGCGAGAAAGGGAACAUAUAGCCGGCUGCUUAUCGGCAGUCAUUCAAUCUGUGGCAAGUCAGGAAGACCAAGAAGUAGCUCAUUUGUUGCAGCUUGUGUGUGGGUUGUUAAGGUUUGCCCUGAUCGACAAUGUCAACGCCAUUCGAGAGGCAGGCAUUCAUACCCUGCCGCUUAUAUGGCCAGUGCUGCAACGGUAUCCUAAAGUCCUUGGAAAUCUACAUUUAGAUCUUCAAGGUCUUUCGUGCUCAGGCGUAUUCAGGCAGCGAAUGACUUACAUUGCAUGCCAGCAGGUGCUCCUACUUCCAGACGGUGAUACGGAGGCGAUUAAGGUUCCUGAUGAAGAGCUUUGGACAACGCUCCGCGCAUUAUCAAACGACCCUAUAGUCGGCGUUCGCAUUGGAGUUUCCAGGCUAAUAGCCAGUCUGUAUGCAUACUUUUGGACGAGAACGUCGCCACCGGUUUCCGUGAUUGAUCUUGCGAAGACGCUUUCACAAGACUCCUCUCAUGAAGUCAUAUCUUAUGUUUCGGGUCUUUCUCUGCUUGACCAUGGACGCCACGUCAAGAAUUUCUCCCAGGUUUCAAGACAUGCGGCAACAUUCUCAAGGCCUCCCUCCGCACUACCUGGAUCCGAGCUGAACGAGGCUGUGUAAACCUACCGAGAGCCUUCGGAGCAGCGCUUGGAGCGAGAUGGUACCUCAUUGAGGGGGGACGGACGCAAUGGGCACGGCGAAAGCCAUGACCUGAUGAUGAACUCGAAG